AUGUCCUCGUAUUUCCAGAUGAAUUCGCGCACCAUGAUGCGCUUGGCCAUCUCGCUCGUAUGCUUCUUCGUCAUCGCCGCCACCUCGACAACCACCGUUGAAGCCUCGGCAGACAAAGCGGAGAUGAUACGGCAGUUCCUGGACGGCCACAACACAGCGAGGAAGGCGGUGGGAGUGCCGCCACUCGUGUGGGACACGUCGCUCUCCACCUACGCGCGAGUGUACGCGAACAAGAGGCGGGCGGACUGCAAGCUGGUGCACUCGCCGGGGUACGCGUUCGGGGAGAACUUGUUCUGGGGGCAGGGGCGGCAGUGGAGCGCCGCGGACGCCACGGCGGCGUGGGUGGCAGAGAAGCGGUGGUACAACUACGCCAGCAACGCGUGCUCCGGCCAGGAGUGCACGCAUUACACGCAGGUGGUGUGGCGGACGACGACCCGCGUGGGCUGCGCCAAGAUCAUAUGCAACUCCGGCGACACUUUCAUAGCGUGCGAGUAUUAUCCUCCGGGCAACUACAUCGGCCAGAGGCCUUACAUCAAUUAA